CAGUUCAACAGCUAUGACGAUGCCUGCUCUCCUCUCUGCAGCCCUGAUGCUGCUGCUGCUGCUUCCUGGGACUCUGACUGAAGACAGCAAACCAGUUCCCGUUAGCGUGGUGGUGGAGGACACUGUAGAUGGUGCCGUUACAUUGACCUACGCCACUGAGGUGGCUUCCAAAGGGACCCUGCUGGAUGCACUGAAGACACUCAUGGCCACCAAUUCAAAGUUUACGUUCACCUACAUAGAUGAUCCAAACUACGGCCCAUCCCUGGAGUAUGUGAACGGUGUGGCUGGAAAUGAAGACGAUCAAACCUUCUGGGAGGUGCUGGUCAAGAAAUCAGAUGGCCAAAUCAUAAGACCAGAUGGUGGUAUUGCAUAUUACAUUCCCAGUGCAAACGACCAAAUCCACCUGGGCUUUACGAAGUGGUAAAGAUUCAUCAGGCACUAUACAACCACAUGGAAUCAGAGCCAGCGAUGGAAUCGACUGUAG